AUGUAUGUAUAUAUAAAGGACGUUGUGGUUGUGAGUGCUGUCAGAACCCCUGUUGGUUGCUUUGGUGGAUCUCUCAAGUCUCUUCCUGCCACUCGUCUUGGAUCCAUUGCUGCAAAGGCUGCUAUUGAGAAGGCUGGUAUCAAACCCGAGCAGGUUGAGGAGGCUUACUUUGGUAAUGUCAUCCAGGCAAACCUCGGUCAAUCUCCCGCUCGCCAGGCAAUUCUUGGUGCCGGAUGCCCUGACACUACUGAGGCCACUACUAUUAACAAGGUGUGCGCUUCUGGUAUGAAGGCCAUUAUGCUGGCCACUCAGUCAUUGAAGGCUGGUGAUCGCCAGGUUAUGUUGGCUGGUGGUAUGGAGAGCAUGUCCAAUGCACCAUUCUACACACAGCGCAACAUUGCCUAUGGACACCAGCAGCUCACAGAUUCUAUUGUCAAGGAUGGUCUCUGGGAUGCCUAUAACCAGAUCCAGAUGGGUUCUUGCGCAGAGAACACUGCUACCAACUACAACAUCACCAGAGAAGAUCAGGACGAACAUGCUAUUGAGUCAUAUAAGCGUUCAGCAAAGGCCUGGGAGAACGGUGUGUUUGACAAUGAAAUUGCCGAGGUUGUCAUCAAGGGAAAGAAGGGAGACAAGAUUGUCAAGGUUGAUGAAGAGUUCACCAAUGUCAAGUUUGACAAGGUUCCUAGUCUCAGACCUGUAUUCAAGAAGGAUGGUACCGUAACUGCUGCAAAUGCAAGCACCUUGAACGAUGGUGCUUCUGCCCUUGUUCUUAUGACUCGUGAGAAGGCUGAAGAAUUGGGUGUCAAGCCAAUUGCCCGCAUUAUCUCGUACGCUGAUGCUGCCUGUGCUCCGAUCGAUUUCACCAUUGCUCCCAGCAAGGCUCUCCCCAUUGCUUUGAAGAAGGCUGGUUUGAACAUCGAGGACAUUAGCCUGUUCGAACUCAACGAGGCUUUCAGUGUGGUUGCAAAGGUUAAUGUACAGAUCAUGGGUCUUGACCCUGCAAAGGUCAAUGUGGCUGGUGGUGCUGUUUCCUUGGGUCAUCCCAUCGGUUCUUCUGGAUCUCGUAUUGUAGUCACUCUUAUUCACUUGUUGAAGUCUGGUGAAUUUGGUGCUGCUGCUGUCUGCAACGGUGGUGGAGCUGCCAGCUCUAUCAUUGUCCAGAAGGAAUAA